AUGCAAAUAGUGAAUACUGUGGUGCACUGUAGUGAACACUUGUGUACUGAUAACAACCGGUGUACACUGUAUUUCCCACACGACGGCCAAUAUAUUGAUACAUCAAAGAGAGUGAUAGAGAUAUACACAACCAUGCAUUUACACCCCACCACAUGGCCGGGCCGCUCACUGCCAAUACUACUGCUGGCCAUCGGGUGGUGGCUGUGCUGUUGGUGUCCGUAUCCCAGCGCCGGUAUGACAGUGACAAUGAGCCCAACCAAUCAGAAAGUGUUUGACAACUCCAACAUCACCUUGGUGUGUGUAGCCUCGGCCAACAAUCAUACCGGUAACCUGUCGCUAAGCGCACGGGCCCGCAUGUUCCUGGUACUAUUGACCAUACCGCGGGGUGGCCAGGCUCACCAGGUACAGGGUGUGCUGCAUUGCGACGCCCGGCGUACCCGGUGCGAGAGCGAGUUCAAUUUGGCCGUAGACUGUAUUAGCGAUCGGAUUAAUAUAUCCAAACCGAUGGACACACUGGAGACGGCGUGUCAGUUAAAUGACGAGGCUAUUUGCUCCAAUGAUUGGCUUCAAAAGCACCGCGAUGAUUGUGUCACACUCGGCAAAUUGACCGUUAUUAAAGUAAGUCAAGUGAAGUCAGAUCUGAUGGCAUUCACAGAACACGGAGAUUACUGUCGGAUAUUUCGCAUGACUUACACCAAACCAAUCAAACAACUAAAACAACAAACAUCAGCACAAGUGGACGACGAGGCCGGAGCUGCCGGCGCCGCACAACAGCCCACAUACUUAUCAACAAAAAUCUUCUUGCCUUACAAAAAGUGUGACACUAUAACUGACAUCAAACAGAGACUAUCCGAUUGGGUUAACCAGUAUUUGGUUUUGGAGAAGUGUUUCAUUUAUAAAAAUAAUGUAAGUCAAGUGAAGUCAAAUCUGAUGGCAUUCACAGAACACGGAGAUUACUGUCGGAUAUUUCGCAUGACUUACACAAAACCAAUACAACAAACAGCAGCACAAGUGGACGACGAGGCCGGAGCUGCCCCCGCGCAACAACAGCCCACAUAUUUAUCAACAAAAAUCUUCUUGCCUUACAAAAAAUGUGACACUAUUACUGACAUCAAACAGAGACUAUCCGAUUGGGUUAACCAUUUUGGAGAAUGUGGUGUAUAUGUGUUGGGAUACAUAACAAUUAACCCAAUGAUGAACCUAUAUUACUAUACAGAACUGUAUCUGUAA